AUAAAAUCAGCUCCCUCCACAGGACCCCAUGUGAGCUCCUUUUGUUGGGGAUGUAUGCCAAUAUUAUCACAGGAAGCCUAGCUAUUCUGCAUGAUAAGGAUGUACAGAGCCUACUGUCCAGGGGGAAAUUCGACUGCUCAGUGCAUUUCAGCUCAAUUGCAUUCUCGGCACUUUCUCCGUCUCCAAACGACGAUCGAGACCAGAGCUAAACCAGACAGAAGUUCGCGGACAACUGAUGUGUGUGAAGUGCCAAGCAACCCGACCCGUGACCGGCAAACGGCGAUGUUUGCCGCGGCACGCAGCAAACCCGCCGAAGGAAACAGACAUAGUCCCAAGAGCAACAUUCCCCAUGUAGUGGGGGACGGCCAGCCAAUGUGGUCAAUGAUGCUGACCACUUUUAUCUCGAAACAUGCGUUUUGCUGUCAUGAGCGGUUUUCGAGAAACUUCGGAGGAGCCCUGAGGCCACAACAUGCCCUGCCCGGCAGAUAUUCCGAGGUGAUGUUAGAGCUCUUAGCUGGUGCAGGUUGCUCUGCUCUGGUUGGUGUUCAUUUGUUUGCAAAUGCCAUCUACUGUCGCCAACCUUUUUCACUCUGCCAAUUUGUACCUUUGCAAUUAUCUAUUCCAGAGAGCGCUGUGUGUCUUGUGACGACAAUAUCGCACAACUUUUCACACAGCCACCUGUUAAAGAUCACGGUGUUUUUAAGAAUUGUUAACCAGGCGCACGCUUUUUCCUUCUCCUUCUCUAGCAUCUGUUAGGUCCCUACCCUAUCCUCGUCCAGCAUUCGUUGCCGGAUAAGUAGCAGAAAUCCAGCAACCAUACUUGAUCAUGGUUUUUAAGGUCGGUCG